AUGCUCCUAUCCACGACCAGCAUAGAUCGCGACAACUGCAGCAACAGCGACUGCAACAACAGCAACAGCAACAGAGACAUUGUAGACGAGCCAUACCAACCUCUGGUGUUGGUCAUUGAUGCUGGCUCUGGGACGACAAAGGCUGGCUUUGCUGGAGAAGAUCGGCCGCUGGCUGUGUUCCCAACGAUGGUCGGCCGUCAAUAUGGAUACAGAUGUCGGACUCCAUACACCUUUCCAACAACAACAUCACCAUCAACAACAUCAUCACAAACAACGACACCAUCUCAAUGUACAGCAACAUCACCACCAACUGUUGUCAAUCUACCAAGCGCUGGCACACCAUCCAGCAACGCAAGUAGUAGCAGUUCGAGCACCAGCUUCAGCAGCACUAGCAGUACGGCAGCUAGUGAUUGUGGCGAUAUCAGCUGA